GUCCGUGUCGUUCGAACAACAUAGAGCUAGCUGAGUGUGAGUGUGAAGGAAGAACAGAGCAGCACCGUCCGUUACCGUCACUAACUAACCGCAGAGAUGUCUGAGGAGCGAUCCGAGAGGUCCGAUGGGAAGAUUGUGAAGAUGGAGAUCGACUACAGUUCGACUGUAGAUCAGCGUCUCCCGGAGUGCGAGAAGAUGGCCAAAGAAGGGAAGCUGCAGGAGGCCGUGGAGAGUUUGUUGUCGUUGGAGAAACAAACAAGGACGGCAUCAGAUAUGGUGUCCACCUCCAGAAUCCUUGUGGCGGUGGUCCAAAUGUGCCAUGAGGCCAAGGACUGGGACGCUCUGAAUGAAAACAUCAUGUUGCUCACGAAAAGGAGGAGUCAGCUGAAACAGGCUGUUGCCAAGAUGGUGCAAGAAUGCUACAAGUAUGUGGACGCCAUGACUGAUAUGACUAUCAAGCUGAGGCUCAUUGACACGCUGCGAACUGUGACUGCCGGCAAGAUCUAUGUAGAGAUCGAGCGUGCCAGGCUGACAAAGACCUUGGCUGUAAUCAAGGAGCAGAAUGGAGAGGUGAAAGAGGCAGCUGCCAUCCUCCAGGAGCUGCAGGUGGAGACAUACGGCUCCAUGGAGAAAAAGGAGAAGGUGGAGUUUAUCCUGGAACAGAUGAGGCUUUGCAUCGCAGUCAAGGAUUAUAUCCGGACCCAGAUCAUCAGCAAAAAGAUCAACACCAAAUUCUUCACAGAGGACGGCACAGAGGAAUCCAAGCUCAAGUACUACAACCUCAUGAUUCAAGUGGACCAGCACGAGGGCUCCUACCUGUCUAUAUGCAAACACUACCGGGCCAUCUAUGACACGCCCUGCAUCUUGGAGGACAGCAGCAAGUGGCAACAGGCCCUGAAGAGCGUGGUUCUGUACGUGAUUCUCGCCCCGUAUGACAAUGAGCAGUCGGACCUCGUGCACAGAAUCAGCACUGACAAGAGACUGGAAGAAAUCCCCAAAUACAAGGACCUCCUGAAACAGUUCACCACCAUGGAGCUGAUGCGCUGGGCCUCCCUGACGGAGGAUUACGGGAAGGAGCUGAGAGAGGGCUCACCUGACAGCCCUGCCACAGACGUCUUCUCUUACUCGGAGGAGGCGGAGAAAAGGUGGAAGGAUCUGAAGAACAGAGUGGUGGAGCAUAACAUCAGAAUAAUGGCCAAAUAUUACACCAGGAUCACAAUGAAGAGGAUGGCCGGACUCCUCGACCUCUCCAUCGACGAAUCCGAGGAGUUCCUCUCCAGUCUAGUUGUAAACAAAACCAUCUACGCCAAGGUCGACCGGCUGGCCGGCAUCAUCAACUUCCAGAGGCCUAAAGAUCCCAACGACCUGCUCAACGACUGGUCGCACAAACUUAACUCUCUCAUGUCCCUCGUCAACAAGACCACGCAUCUCAUCGCCAAGGAGGAGAUGAUCCACAACCUGCAGUGAACAACACACGGGCGUUAUCCGUACUCGUGGUCCGUAUUUGUGUGUUUUCCAUCAGUGGGAAUCUUAAGAAUAUAAAGUUUAUUGGCAGACUGUGAAGGGGGAAAAUUUGCAGCACAUUAAUAUCACCCUGUUCAUUUUGUACUAUUCAGUGAAACAUUGACAAAAUAAAAACAAGAGCACCUCCCCCCUCGGUCGUCAGACAGGAUCCCUAAAUGUUUGCCUUCUGCUGUUGAAUAGAUUAUAUACAGUUGUUUAUUGCUGUAUGACAAAUGGUUACAACUCUUCAAAUGUAUGCCUACAGAUGUAAACAAUAAACUCCUCACAUUUGGUUAA